AUGGUUGCUUCCAGAGCUGAGAAAAUGGAAGGUAGAGUGGAGAUGGUGGAGAAGGACAUCGGAGAGCUUAAGGGAGCUGUUGGACAGCUUUCGGUAGACAUGGGAGCUGUGAAGGAUUAUAUGAAGGAAAUUACCGAUUGGAUGAGGUCAGGGAACGGCGUAAAUUCCUCGGCGGAGCAUGCGGGGGCUUUUGCCUCGAACGAGGUGGAAGGCGGCGGUGCGACGGCGGCGGCGGUGCGACGGCGGCGGCAGUCCAUCCCGAUCAAGGUUCGGCACCGAUCGGCGGGGAAUCUAGGUUUCGCCGAAUGGAAAUUCCUCUUUUCAAUGGCGAGGAUCCGCUCGGUUGGUUGUUCCGUCUGGAACGGUACUUUCAGGUCUGGUCACAUUUCGUGGCUGAGAUUCAAGGAAUUGGUGAUUCAACGGUUUAGGUCAUCGCAAACGGGCAACCAUUACGAAUCCUUGAUCGCCUUACGACAGGAAUCGACGGUGGCUGAUUUAUGGGAGAAAUUCGAGCUACUCUCGUCUCCGUUGAGAGAAGCCGAUGAGGAGUUUCUGGUGGGAGCUUUCUCGAACGGUUUGGCCGAAGAAAUCAGAGCGGAGGUGCGGAUGGUGAAGCCGGUUUCUCUGAUCCAGCUGAUGGACUUGGCCCAAAAUAUUGAGGAAAAAAAUUGGGCCCUAGAACGGGCCUACAUGAAACGGACCUACAGGCCCAAUUUGGGUAAAGAUAGUAAUAGGGUCUUAGAAGGUCGUGGAUUUUCUUUUUCAGGAGACUAUGGCGGUUUAAGAGGUGCGGUGACCGGUCGAACCUUUCCGGUCAGUGGAGCUAGUGAGUUACCAACCAAACCGAUUGAGGGAGGUGGAGCAACGGUGACCCGCAGUAAUUCAUUUCAGUCUAACAUGUCUGUCAACAAGGAGCAUCUUCGUGUUCCUUCGCAACCGGCUAGAAGAAAUGAGAAUUUCAAGAGGAGGAUUUCCGAUGCUGAGAUGCAGCGAAGGCGAGAGAGGGUUCUUAUUGCUGCAGAAGACGAAGAAGAAGAAGAAGUGGCAGCCGAAGAUACCAGCACACCACGGACGCAAGAAGAGGGUUCCUUGGAGCUGUCUAUGAAUUCAAUUGUGGGAAUUCCAUCUAUUAACACCAUGAAGGUGAAAGGUACGAUUUUGAACAAAGAGGUAGUGAUUUUAAUUGAUUCUGGAGCUUCUCAUAAUUUCAUUUCUCGGGGAAUGGUGGAAGAACUUAAACUGCCAAUAGAUGGGACACCUAGUUUCAGAAUUAUGGUGGGAAAUGGUUACAAAGUGGCCGGUCAGGUGGUUUGCCGGCAGGUGGAGGUUAGUUUACAGGGGUUGCACAUAAUUCAAGAUUUUUUUUCGAUUGAACUUGGUAGUGCCGAUGUAAUUCUAUGCAUUACUUGGCUAGGCAUGUUAGGAGAGGUUAGUGCCAAUUGGAAGAAACUAACCAUGCAAUUCGAUUGGCAGUGCAAGCGGGUGUUGCUUCAGGGCGACCCUUCUUUGUUCAAAACUUUAGUGUCUCUAAAGGCCAUGCUUAAAGCUAUUCAGGAGGAGGGACAGAGAUUUUUGGUGGAAUUUGGACAGGUGACAUUGUUAGACCAAUCUGUUGGUGUCGUAGAAGAUGAUGCCUUAGAGGGGUUGCUCACUGAGUUUAACUCGGUGUUUGAACCUCCCGCAGGCCUUCCUCCUUCGCGAUUUCAUGAUCAUGCAAUUCCACUUAAGGAAGGGACGGAUCCUCCCAAUUUGAGGCCCUACCGUUUCCCACAUUCACAGAAAAAUGAGAUCGAAAGAAUCGUGAGGGAAAUGAUGGCCGCAGGAAUCAUUAAGCAUAGUAAUAGUCCGUUUUUGAGUCCGGUAUUGUUGGUUAAGAAAAAAACGGGCGAAUGGCGUUUUUGCAUGGAUUAUCGCGCAUUAAACAAGAUUACAAUUCCGGAUAGAUUUCCGAUUCCUGCCAUAGACGAGUUACUGGACGAACUCGGAGGGGCAGUUUUCUUUUCCAAAUUGGAUUUGAAAUCCGGUUACCAUCAAAUUCGAGUACGCGAGGAGGAUACACCGAAAACAGCGUUCCGUACUCACGCCGGCCAUUACGAAUUCUUGGUUAUGCCUUUUGGCUUAACAAAUGCCCCGCAACAUCAAUUGGUGGCCAACAGGAAAAAGUGUGUUUUUGGACAGCCACAAGUGGAAUAUUUGGGCCAUAUCAUCACGGAUUCUGGGGUUCAGGCCGAUCCAGAGAAAAUUGCAGCCAUGGUUGAUUGGCCCGUGCCCAAGUCCAUUCGGGAUCUUCGGGGAUUUUUAGGCCUCACCGGCUAUUACCGGCAUUUUGUGAGGGAUUAUGGGAAGAUAGCUGAGCCCUUAACACGUCUCCUUAAAAAGGAUGCGUUUUUGUGGACUUCGGAUGCACAGGGGGCUUUUGAGGAAUUAAAACAGCGGAUGGUCUCUGUUCCGGUGCUUGCUUUACCGGACUUCACCAAGACUUUUAUCAUUGAGACUGAUGCGUCUGGACGAGGGUUAGGAGCGGUCUUGAUGCAGGAUAACCGGCCUAUUGCUUUUAUCAAUCAAUCUCUUUCCGAUCGUGCUCGUUCCAGGUCUGUCUAUGAGCGUGAGCUCAUGGCGGUUGUUUUGGCUACGAAGAAAUGGCGUCAUUAUCUUUUGGGAAGGCACUUUAUAGUGCGAACGGACCAACGUAGCUUGCGGUUCCUUCUCGAACAACAAAUCAUGAAUGAAGCCCAGCAACGGUGGAUUUGCAAACUCAUUGGUUUGGACUUUGAAAUUCAUUAUAAGCCGGGGCGGGAUAACCGAGUGGCUGAUGCCCUUUCCCGAAGACAUGAGGAACCACUUUUGUAG